AUCCAUUUUUAUUUACCUUUGGAAUGACACUUUACUUUCAAACUUUACCAUGGUAACCAUAGUUUCCACCAAAAUACCAUAGUUGCUACUGUUGCUACGAAAAUGAAACAAAAUGAUUCUGAAAGCUUACAGCAUUUGAAGGACAUCCAAUAUGAAAACAGCAUUAAUCACACUGAAGAGUCAGACUUCAGUAGGAAUUUUCUGUUGCUGAGGAUGAGGGCGUUGAUCUUCUCUCUGGUACUGGCGUCUCUGGGGGCCUUUCUUUGUGCCCCUGAUCCUGCCCUGCCUCCAAUAUCAGCCAACACUCUCAAACGCCUGUCUCUGGAAGGGGAGAAGCUGGUGGAUCAGGAGGUCACCAAAGCACUGUUUGGGAUCAAACAAAUGAAGGAGUUGAUGGCCAGGAACGAAGAGAAACAUGCAAACCUCAUGAAGUCCCUCAGGCACAGUGGAGAGAAGAAAAAAGGGGCAGCAGAGAUCGCACAGGACAUAGAAAAGAAGCUGAACGAAGCCGAACAGCAGUGUAAGGAGUCUCUAAAGUCCUCCUGGGAGGAAUGUCGUCCUUGUCUUGAGGACACCUGUAAGAACUUCUAUACCAACACCUGCCGCCGUGGAUUUGCCACCGUCACCAAUAAACUACAGAACUUCUUCCAAAGGCUUAGCUCUCGCUUUGGCCCUCGUGAUACUCAGGAUGAGGUUGUGCUGAACCAGAGCGCAGAGAAUCCUGACCUGGAGGUGGUGAGAAUGGAGGACUCCUUCAGCAACCUGCUCACCAAAGUGGGAACCCUGGUCAAUCGCAGUGUUGUGCUGGUAUCCCACUUCCACCAUGAGCUGGACCAGGCCCUAAGAAGGGCUUUCAGCCCUGAGCUUCAGGAGGAUAAAGAGAGCGAGCUGGUGCUCAAGCCUGCCAACAAAGCUCUGGAUUCUGCCUUUCUGGAGGGUGUGGGACUGGAAGAUGUGUUGGAGUCCUUCUUUGACUUUGGCAAAAGUGUGUUGGAGGAGUUUGGGGCCGUAGUCACACAAGCCUUCAGUGACAUUCAUGAUGCUAUGGAGAAGACAGAGGAGGAGAAAGAGAAGAAACUCUUCCCUCAGUUUCUGCAGAACAAGAGACUGUGCAGAGAUCUGCGCAGACAGUCCUCAGAGUGCUGGCAGCUGCAGAGCAAGUGUGAGGCCUGCCAGGGAACCUUGUUUACCGAAUGCCCAUAUGUAAGAGAACUACACAUCGAGUUGGAUGAAGCCUCUCAGCUGUUGGAAGCGUCCAAUCAGCAGUACGAGGAGGUGCUGGGCAUCGUGCAGCGUCACACGGAUGAUACUAUCAGCUGGCUCAGCAACAUGGCCUCUGACUUUGGUUGGGUGACUGAGCUCGCCAAUAACACCACCACUCCUGAGAGCAUCUUCAGCAUUGCCACGGUGGUGGCACAGACUGAGGAGGGCGACAACACCCCAGCAGCAGACACUACAGUAGAAGUGAAUAUUCUCAACUCUCCCACUCUCACCCUGACCAUUCCUGCGGGUCUCAGGCUGCAGGAUACCGCCUUCAUCCAGUAUGUGGCACAGGAGGCUCUGGGCAUGUACAAGCAGAUGGCCAGGCAUGAUGAUGUAUAAUCUACAAGUCAUCAGUUUUCUUCCCAGCACUAACCAGGGUACACUGGUACCAUCCUAUAUGUUAUGUAUUUAGUUAUAUUGUAUGCAUUGUGUUAAGUAUAAAAAUCAAGUCACUGCAACUAUUGUUAUUUAUUUAUGGUCUUAUCAUGUGACAGGUUCCAGUUAGCUGCAUUUGUAACUUGUCUCGUGUUAACCGACUUAAACAUCAGUAUGUCAGAAAUGCACUUUAAGUAUAUUAAAAGUAUAUGUCACCGUGUGAUUGCAAACAGGUAUAACAAUUGCUCCUUAAAUAAUUCACUUUUAGUGCAAAACCAUUUCUUAGUUUAUUACAUCAGUUGGCCUUUAUGUGUUCACUCUGGGAAAUCUAAAAACUAUAAAGCAUUAUAAAUGUUUAAUUUAAUUCUUGAGCAUGUUUCCAUGGAACCUUGUUUCGGUCUUCAGUAAAAAAUGUAAUUGUGAGAAACUUGCAAUAAGAAAUAAAGCCACGUUGUGAGAUAUGCACUGAUAUUGCAAGAUCCAAAUUCAGAUUAUGCACUUUUUUUUUUUUUUUUUUUUACUGUCAGGUGGAAAAGGGUUUCCAUGUUUCUGCUCAGUUCCAAUGUCUAAAUUUUCGAGUUCCAAUUCAAAAGUCUGAACAACACAAGCACACAUGAUUUACAAAUAACCCACAUGGAGUUAAAAGCAUUACGUAAAACUUUAUUUUUCACUGUACAAAUUCUUCAGAUUAGUAAUCGUAACCAUUGUUUCACAACAAACGUCCUCAUCAAACUCUGCAGCGGAGACCCUCACCUUACAUUAGAGUAUUUUCUUUCUUUUUUUGACACAAAGAACAAAAAUCAAUAACAGAGUUUUGCACAAACUUGCCUGUAGCCCUUGUAAAACAGGAGGUGGUGAUGGGAGAGAUGUCUAGUUGAUGUCCUGGAUACAGGACGAGACUAUAAAGUCCCUAGGACAAAGGGCUCACGUACAGGAAGGACAAAAGCAAGGCCUCUCUCUAUAGAUAUAUGAAAAGCUACAUGACAAAAGGGAGAAGAAACCAACAAAUUAGCCCUCCAAAAGAUAUCGGUCUGAUUCAUCCCAAGUGCAUUCAAUUCCUUGUCAUGGAUGAAAUGAACCCGUUACAGACAGUACAUGACCAAACAUUAAGACUGAAUCUGUAAUAGUGAUGUCUAAUUUGCCCUCUCCGUUAGACUUGUACCAUUUUAACAGAUCAAGGAAAACAUCAAUCACAUACUUUUUUUUUUAAAUGCGCUCAGGAUGGAAGGCAAAUUUUACUGACUCCAUCAAACUUUGGUUGGUAAACGGUCUCAAUCUGUAGUACCUGAAUAUUUCACAGUGAUGCCUAAACAGGAACUGUAACAACUCCACCAGCAGCAAAAGUGGUACAUCAUGGGAGUUAAAAAGGCUUUGUAAUUCGGAUUCCUGGUCAAAAACAAACAUCUGUGUGAAAUAAUUUGAGCAAGUUCACAUUCGUAUGUCAAGAUGACAAAACCAUGGCUCUCUUGAAAUAUACUGAAAUAUUUAUGUAUGAAAUCAUCUGUGAAAGAUCAAUAAAUCUAUGUGGUUCAUUUAUUGGAGUGUACAUGAGAGAACAAUGAAUUGGUACCAAGAGGUUGGCAACACUACAAAUGUGUUGGCACAAAAAACACAAACCUGGCAGUGUGGGUGCUGAUGUGCGUAAAACAAGCAACUCCGGCAUUGCUGUUGUGAUAUUGCGACCUGUCAGGUCUCAACAGCAGCAUGAGGAAUGAUGUUUGGACUGGUCAGGUCUAGUGUUUUGUUAAUCAAAAGUCUCUCUGCUUAAUUACCCUCGAGACAAAAAUACGAUUUAUAAUAAUGACUGUUUGCUUGAAAAUUAGCAGCUGGCUGAAAUGGCGAUCAGUCGUCAGAAAUGUUUUGUGAAGGCCUUCCAAUAUGAAUCAUCUCCCAGGAUAUGAUUUCAAGCUCUCAUAGAGAUUGAUUGAAACUGAAAUGAAGGUACUUAUUAAAAAUCAUGAUUUGUUAUAAAAGUGUUUUAGAGAAAAACAAAUUCUGCCCCUGUAAUUGAUGUCUUAAAUUCAAGCGCCCAUACAUUCAGAACGGCUAAUGCCCUCAUGCGUCUCAUUCUCUCUGUCCUUCUUUGACUUUCACUUUCCCGUCCCAGCAAUGGCACUAACGGUCACUGGUAGCGCCAACCGAUUCAACCACAGUUAUUGGUCACUUUUAAUAAACUACUCAAACUACUAAAUAAAAUUAAAAAAGGGGAAAAAGAAAAAUGAACAACUUUAAAAUAAUAAAAGACAAUAAGAUUUAGUGUUCAGGUGAAAAAGAAAACAGACAAAAGGGAGGGAAAAACAAAAUAGAUAAAAAAAGAGAAAGCUGAUUUUGUGCAACUGUGAACCAGCCAUCAGCACUAAGCUCAUCACUUGUUUCACAGCUCCCUCUGUCUGCAAUGCAGGGAAUCACCCCAGCAGAGCUCAGGGAGCGUAACAUGGUCCCGCUCCAAACCCGCUCAUACACACACCCUCGUCAACUCCGCCACACACACAUCCUCAGGCAGAGAACAGCCUGUAUCUGCAGUGAAAGCCAAGUUUAGAUGCACUAAUCGAGUUUUUAAGUUUGACUCUGGGGGAAAGAACGAAAGAAACAAAAACAUCUCUGUAAGGACAAGUGUGCAGGGGA